UCGGCGCGGCGGGACGCCAUGGGGCGGGCCGGCCGGCGGCUGCCCGCGGUGGCGGCGGUGCUGUACGGGGCUCUGGCGGCGCUGGUGCUGCUGGGGGUGCGGGACGUGCUGUUCGUUUACGAGGAGAACCGGUGCAGCAUGACCUACAUGUACGAGUACCCCGAGUACCUGAAAAUAAAAUUACCGAAGAAAACAGCCAGGCGAUAUCCAGCGUACGAGCUCUACCUCUAUGGAGAAGGGAAUUAUGCUGAAGAAAACAAGAAUCUGAUAUUGACAGGCAUUCCAAUUCUCUUUCUUCCUGGAAAUGCUGGCAGUUACAAACAAGUGCGUUCUCUUGGCUCCAUCGCUCUUAGAAAGGCAGAGGAUCUUGACUUCAAGUAUCAUUUUAAUUUCUUCAGUGUCAACUUUAAUGAGGAGUUGGUUGCAUUGUAUGGUGGUACUCUCCAACGGCAGACCAAAUUUGUGCAUGAAUGCCUAAAAGUAAUUCUUAAGUUGUACAAGGGUCAGGAAUUUGCACCAACCAGCGUUGCCAUAGUAGGUCAUUCCAUGGGUGGUCUUGUUGCAAGAGCACUGCUUACCCUGAAGAAUUUUAAGCCGGAACUUAUAAACCUCCUCAUUACACAAGCUACACCUCAUGUUGCACCUGUAAUGCCUUUGGACAGAUAUCUUACUGAUUUUUAUACAGCUGUAAACAAUCAUUGGACUCUAAAGGCCCAAGAUUUAAGAAAUUUAACUACCCUUUCUGUGGCGGGAGGAUUCAGAGAUUACCAAGUUCGCUCAGGACUGGCUUUUCUACCAAGACUGAGUCAGCAUGACAGUGCCUUAUCUGUUGUGAGUUCAGCUGUGCCUAGGGCUUGGGCCUCAACAGACCAUCUCUCCAUAGUGUGGUGCAAAGAAUUGAUCCUGGCUACCAUCAGAGCUUUUUUUGAUCUCAUAGAUGAGAACACAAGGCAGAUAACUGAGGAUCCCAAGAAGAGAAUGUCUGUUUUGAAUCACCACUUUGUUAGACACCCUGGAAAGAUAUUUGAGGAAAAUCCUGAAGCUUUCACAGAACUUACAGGAACUUUCACGUGGAUUGAAGUCAAAACCUCAAAAUGGACUUAUUCAGCUUACAAUGAUUCUGAUGGAAAAUACUUCACAUUUCCUCUUGCAAGCCACAGAGAAUCCUACAGUCAUGUUUACUGUGAAAACACUAUGUUGGACACAAGUAGCUGGGUUUAUGGCUGUAUGAAUAGCAGUUCUUCAGUAUGUCUGGAAGCUACUGAUCUAUCCUGGAAAGCUGAGUUACUUCCAACCAUCAAGGUUGUAAUACUGAAACUUCAGGACUAUCCUUCUUUGUCCCACAUUGUCAUUCUUGUACCACCCUCAGCUGGCAAUAAGUUUACUUUGGACUGUGAAUUCUUCAAAGAGGAUUCCAGAACAGUACAGCUCCCUGUAACAAAUCUUUUUUCCUUUGGCCUUUCUUCAAGCAAAAUUCUAUUAAAUUCAACUGGCUUAUUUUACAAUGUACAGCUUCAGCACUUCAACCAAGUAUAUCAAGCUUUCAAAGUACAUGUAGAGAGCCACUGCCAGUCACUGAUAGAAAGAAAACCUAGUGUUUACAGACUUCGUAUACCCUGGUCACACGAAGACUCAGUAACUGUGGUUAACGUCCCAUCGUUUACUGAAAUUUCUGCGAAGCUGCACAUGGCUCAGCCUGAAAAUGAGAGCGGGUUUCCAGUGUUAAACAUUUACUCUUCAUCAGACUGUCAGUAUGAAGUAAUUCUGAGAACGUCGUUUUUACAAAUUCUUGGACAAAUAAUAAGAUUCCAUGCUGGUGCUCUUCCUGUCUAUGUUGUUUCUAAUAUUCUCCUUACCUAUGGAGGACAGUUGAGUACACUGAUGUCAACAGGCCAGUGUUCAGAAUUUUCACUUGAACUAGUUAGAACAGCUAAACCCUACAAAGUAGAACCUAUUAUAAGCAUUGUUGUGUUUCUGCAGGGGUUUAACUGGUUUAGAGAGAUAUGGGAUUCACUCUUGCUACCAGAGGUGGAUGCUGCUGUACUGAGUAGUCAGGAUGCAUGGUUCCCCCUUGUGUCCCUGAUUCUAUUUCUUUUUGGGACAGGCAUUGCCUUCUGGAGUGCAGUAUUUUUCUCUACGUCUCUGAGAAUCUUCUCUUCAUUAUGGUUAACUCUGACUAGACCUACUGUACUUUCAAAAGCUAAAUUGAUUACACCCAGAAGACUCUGCGUGGUGGGGUCCCUUGCUCUGGUUAGCUGGACCACUUGUGGUGCAUUUGCUUUAUUCAUUAUUUAUCUUCAAUACUUGUUCAAGGUUAUAAAACUAAGUGUGAAUGUAAGAGCAGAGCAAAACGAGCUGAAUAGGGAAGUGGAGCGCUCAAAAGAAACUUCACAGAAUUCCAUUCGAUGCACAGCCAAAAACCAGAAUUUGAUAGACAGUACUUCAGAAGCAACACAGUCUCUUUCAAGCAGUACAACUGCUGAAGCUGCUAACAGUUUUAAGAUCCAUGUUACAGUGUUCAAUUUAUUCACAUGGAUUGUUCUGCUCAACUUGCCAUCUUUAGUUUAUUGGUUAAAAAAUCUCAGGUACAGUGUUAGACUUGACCCUGAUCCAUGUAGAACUACAGCUAUUAUACUUGUAUGCAUUUUAGAAAUUCUCAUGAAUUCGAGUACUUCUGAAGUGAAAUCAAGUAAACUCCUGAAGAUCGCGGCCAAAGUUCCACUCCUUUUGUCUGUUGCAGUGUUGGCUUUCGGACGAAUGCAUUUAUACAAAGUACCACAUUUUGUAACUUUUUCUCUUCUUCUACAUGUGCUGUGUUGUAUUGUGUAACAUUUCUUUUACAUAAGAACAGUGCAGCCUAGAAAGUAACAAUGGAGACGGGACAAAUUCAACAAAGGAAUGCCUAGACUAACAUAACUUGUGUUAUUUGGGAAAGAUAGCUGAAAUGUAAUUACUUUAUGAGAAGUUUUUGGUUCUGUUCAUGCUGCUUAGAAAGUUGUUCAUGGUGUUCAUUUCCUGACUGUGACAAUUAAGUGAAUUACCUGUGCGUGUGUAAGCACAUGAGUUGUAUUAAUGUUACAUCUCAACACUCCGUUUGCCUUGCAGACACUUGGAUAUUUCACUGUAUUUCUUUGUUGAAAUACUUUUUUAUACUCAGUACACUGUACAGUGCGUAUGUUCUGAACUUGCUUCUCUUGCAGGUCAGAAGUAUGCUGGUUAGACUCAAUAAACUUCAAGCACACUGUGACUAUCAGAAAUACUACACAGCCAAGUAUACUUUCAAUCAUUUUAUGCUACAUUUAAAAGCUGUCACACUUAUAUCUAGUCAAACCAGAAUGUACUGCUUCUAUAGAGCUGUUAUUUCUAGCAUAGUACUUGUUCAUUUACUGUUAGAUGAGUGAGAGAUUAUUGAAAGUUUUAAACAUAUUCAUUUUGUGAGUGUGAGAAAACAAUGACACUUUGUGUGGCUUUCUAUUCCGGAAGCUUACCAGCAGAUUCAUAAAUAACUGGCUGUAAUGUUGUUUUAAAACAUUGCCAAUUUUGUCUGGAACUUUAAUUCAGAAAUGACUCCUUAGACCUCGUCCAUAUGUAGGAGGUAGCAAAUUUUAAGGUAUGAUGUGAGUUGACACUACAGUUGCUAUACUGCAGUUUCCAGAUAGCCAAGGCAAGGUUCUUUCCUAUUGUAAAUGGAGAGUCAUCAUCUCAUAGUAAAUGUCCAUACAGUAAUUUAAUACAAAAUAGCUACAACAGUGUAAAUCCAUGCCUUGCCAUACUGUGCUAACUUCCUUCUGUGGAUGAGCUCUUAGGUAGUACGAAAAGCUGUCUGUAAUUAGCAGCUCUACAUAAAGAAUUAUCUUAGUGCCUAGAUGCUACAGUGACUGCCAUUUACAACAAUGCCUAGAAUAGCUGUGUGUAAGAAAUUCUGUCUCCUGGCAUAUGUUUUGCCAACAGAAGAAAUCACACUAACCAUUAUGUUAUUUAAAAUGAGGUAUUGAUUCCAUGUAGAGAUGAGUGCUACUACUUGCUUCUUUGUUAGCUGUCUCCACUAUCUGAGAUACUUGUCAUCUUCAUAUGGAAUUACUGUACCAUCUUGAUUACCUAAUAUGGAUAAUAAUAGGAAAUCUGCUACCUACUGUCAAUGGAGUGUAUUCUUAAUAUAGUGGUAGAGCCUGACCCAUUGGUUUUAUCUUGUUAUUCUUGCCUGAAGUGCCUCAGUUAGUUCUAGCUUGUUCUUAAGAGUUAAUUCAUCUGAGCUGCCUGAAAAGACUUAUUAAUUCACACAGUGACUUUUGAAAAUGAACCUAUUCUGUCUUAUAAACAAGUCAGCUAUUCAAGCUAUCACUUAGUCAUUAGAACUGCUUUUAUUAGUAGUUAACCAAACCACUGUUAUCGCUGUCAGUAACCUACCUGCUGAUCUUUAAGUCUUAAACUCUUGUUAACAAGAUUAGAUCAUGCAUAGUGUUUGUAAAUCAGAGAAGUUAACUGUAUUGUAUCCUGGUACUGUCUAACCAAAUGUAUGCUACAGUAUAUGUAUAUAAGAUAAUUUGUGUCCAUAUAUACUUGUAGCUUGAUUUAGCCUAAAGGUUACUUUUCAGGCACAGAAGAAUAGAGUAGUUUUCCUACUUUCAUGUGGCUGUUAAUGUGAUGGAUAGUGACAGAACUGCAGUGGGGCUGGUAAAAGGCCAUCUGUGAAAUGUGCAAAGGUCUGAUUUCUGUGGAAGAUCAUUUCUUUGGUCUUCAUGGUCCCUUUGGCCAAUUACUGUAUUUUGCUUCCUAUUUUGGGUUGCCACCUUUAUCACUUCUUCAUGCAUGAACCCAUUUGUUGGAGCUGUUGGUGAAAUAAUCAGAAUAAGGAAAGCAAACAGUCUCAAGAUGUAGUAACUUUGGUAAGUUCCAAACUCUGACAGUGCAUGAAACAUACCAAAUCACAACAGCGUAGAGUAACACCAUUUUUCUUAUUUAGUGGUAUUUUUGUAAGCUGGGAAUUUUGUUGAUGUUGCUAUCAUUCCUCAUGAAAUGGGUUACAAAAUGUUACGUAGUGCUUCUGAUGUGGUUUUGAAGGCGUAGGUGGGAAUGGAAAGAUAGAAUCCUUAGUCUGAGAUCUCAGGUGACAGACUUUUCUCACGCUUCUGUUGUUGCUUCCUUUUCCAAAGGUUAUUUACUUUCACAGGGGGAAGAAGUAGUCUUAUUGCAAAUUCGGAUUUUGUAUGCUUUGUGUAUCAUUGCUAGAUGAAAAACGUGCUCUCAGAGAUGUGCACUGAGGUUUUGCAGUGACUGAGGACUGUCUAACUGCCGUUUGAGAGAUGAGGGUUCUACUCUCAACUAGGUUCCCUGCAUAAUCAGUAAAGGGGAUCAGGACAAAUCCAGAGGGCAGUUCAUCCAAUUCUAAAGAAAGAUUUUAUAGGUUUCCAAAGUAGUUUUUCAGAUAAAUAGUGUGAUUGUACUUUUGGAGAAAAGGCUUCUGUUCUACAGAUUUCUAGUUCAGCCACUUCUAUCAUUACAGUCCUGGCAGAAGUGUGGGCUAACCCACAUUUUUAAUUGGCUGUAUGACAAAGUAUAAAUAUUACCAGAACAUCCUUCUGUAUGAGUGGGCAUUUAUAAAACAGCUUUUGGGAAAUACAUUCUCUUAAUACCUUUAAAAUCAGAAUUCCAGUUUACUCUUCAAAAAGUUUACUCUUCAUAUCUGGACUUACUGGAGAAGAUCAAGACAAGCUACUUCAUGAUGAUUUAAAACUCUAUGCUGUAAAGGAGCAUUUCUGCUAACUCCCACUCCAAGUUUGUUGUUCUGUUCCUUUUUAGAAGUUGAGGUACUAAUUUUGCAGAACCACUGUGGAUGUUUGCCUCAUUUACAUGCAAUCAUGCCAUGUAAAACAAAGACUUUUUGGCUCAUAUGUCAGGAGACAAUCAAAAUAAGAAUCUGUGCCUCCCUUAUGUUUUUAUAAGCCUUUAGAAAGGGAUUUACAAAAAAAAAAAAAAAAAA